GGCACCAUGAGCGGAGGGGAGAGAGAGCUGCCCGGCGGGGAGAGCCCCCGGGGCACCAUGAGCGGAGGGGAGAGGAGCCCCCGGUACCAGCUGAACCUCAACAUCAGCAGGAGGAAUGUGUUUGUGACCCAGCUGGAGGAGGGCAGGGACGAUGAGGACGGAGACGUAACCCAAAUCCCUGUAAUAAAAGAGGCCGCUAGCAGGAUUUUGGAGACGAGCCGCAACACCUUACAGAAAACGCUGGUUUUGAAGAAAGAGGUCGAAUAUGAUCGCGUCAGCCAGGAGCUUCUUAAUAAAAAACAAGAAUUUGAGGAACGGAUGCAAGCGUUAGAUGUGAAAAAAGAGGAAUUUUUCCAAAAACAGCUAGAAUGCUCGGAGAAAGCCAGCAAGUUCGAGAAGUUUCUGAAGGAGAGCGACGCCAAAAGAAGACGGGCGAUCGCAAAGUACCAGACGGAGUCCAGACAGAACGAAUUCAGGCAAACGGAGAUCGAGGAGCUGAAGAAGCAACUGGAAACACAAAGAGCUCGGCAACUGAAACUCCACGAGAGACUAAAGAAAAACCGAACCUAUGAGGAUUUCUUGUUAAAAAUGGCUGAUAAUGUCCCAGAAGAUUAUUUGGACUAUGGGGUGGACUCUCCGGUCAAGGCGAUUAUCCGCCGCCAUGAAACGCUGUCGCUGACCAACGAGAGUCUGGUGGACAACCUGACGGCGCUCGCCGACGAGCAGGAGAAUAAACAGCAUGCGCUGGAGCUGUUACAGAGGAACUAUGACACCUGCAAGCUGACGAUGAACAGCGAACUCUCGAGGCUUCAGCAGGAAUAUGACAGAAUCGUUGAGAGGAACAAACAGUUGGAGUUAAAUUUUAACCUGAACAAGGGUCACUUCAGAACUCAGAGUGUUGAGGUUGGCAGCCUCCUGAUGGCCGUUACUAACCUGGCAGAGCAAUGCCACAUGAAACAUUACGGGCCUGUAGAUGAGGUGGAGUUAUUACGAAAACUGGAAAUGAUAAAGGAAUACGUUUUGGAAAAGAUGCACGUUGAGAAACUGGCUUCGCAGCCCCCCGAGGCCGGCCCCCUCGUACCCAACCCCGACAGUCAAGCCUCGAAGCUGAAAAAGACCACCGCUAAGGAACCACCAAAAAGCCGGACCUCUCAGCUCCAACGGAACGACGCCAACAAACGCCGGCUCUCCACCCUGGGCGCGAAUAUAUAAAGCGGAAAAAUAGUCCCGGGACGCGUAGAUUCAUACAUCUUACUCCCUGGACGCAGCGCCUCUUAUAGAGCUUUUAUUUUUUUUAAAUAAACAGAUUUUUCAGACUUUUGCCCCAAACUGUAUCCACUCGGGUGCCGGUAAUGCCGGCGGGAGGGGGCAGGCUUCCUGCUUAUGCGGGGCUCAUGGUCUGGAGUAGAAAUGGGGGGACCGCUGGCCUUGGUUCUUACUUUUUUUAACCAUUAAUAUUCCCCUGCAUUAAAAGCAGGAGAUGAUUAACUCUUUGCUGUUGUUCCCUCCGCCUGGAAUGUAUAUAGCGCAGGCUUUUUUUAAUGUAUAUUGUGUGUACGUUCUGAUAUUUAUUAAUUCACCCUGAAGUACCGUCUGUUUUCUAUUUGAUUUUCUUAUUGCGCGGAGUUAAAGGGUCUUCGCUGACCCUCAGACGGAGAAGCCACAGGCACUUCCCAUAAGCAGCAUGCUGUAUUAACACCACUAAGGGCAAUGGUGGGGUUAAUAGCACCGCGUGCUGCUACAAUCAGUAUUUCUGCCCAUUGAAUUCUCCAAAACAAGGAACCCCAUCACUAAUUGUGUAUUUUACUGUUAACCCUUUCAGCAUGCACAGUUCUGUUUCCAAUGUGUCUGUAUAUAUAUAUACAGUAUGUUAUUAUUAUUACAAUACAACUUAUUUUCUUAUAUUGUAAAAUAUGAU